AUGGAUACUCAACAAGUCCUUCGUCCCUUGUCUAUUAAACAAAACACUACCGAGGUUUCUGUCCUCGUGCCAACAAAUAUUUGGGUUCCUGCUGAACAACUUAGAGAAGAGUUUCCUACUGCUGAAGAAACUGUAGAAGAAAUCGCUGAUAUUGAGCUCGCAGCCAAAUUUUUGCAUUUCGCCACUGACCGUGCUGCCAAAGAAUCACAAUUCUUGCCUGUCGCACGGACCCUUUUCGUCGACUUUGGUGCUCAAUAUCUUAAGGAGAAUGAUGUUCAUGCCAUCACUCGUUCUCUUUCAUCCGAGUCUAAGAAAGUCGUUCUUCAAGCUUACUACUCUGCUCUCGUAGUUCUUAAGGAACACGAUGUCUUGUCCGCUGAAGAAGCUUCUCCUGCCAAGUCUGCUCUCUUUGCAGCUGCUGCUCGUGGCGAUGCAAAGCUCUUUGCUAUCUUUGGUGGUCAAGGUAACAUUGAAGAAUACUUUGAUGAAUUUGCCGAUAUUUGGGAGACUUAUCAAGGCCUUGUCAAGCCUUUUGUUGAACGUAUGGCUGUUGUCUUGGCUGAAUACGCUCGCAGUCCUGAAGCUAGUGUCCUUCACUCCAAGGGUUUGGAUAUCUUGCGUUGGUUGGAAAACCCUGAAUUGAGACCUGAUCUUCAAUAUCUCAUUUCAGCUCCUGUCAGUUUCCCUUUGAUUGGUCUUACUCAACUUCUCCAAUACUAUGUGAUGAUCCGUGUUCUUGGCCGUACUCCUGCUGAAAUCCGUGAUUUAUUUGAAGGUACUACUGGUCAUAGUCAAGGUAUCAUCAGUUCAGUUGUUAUUUCUGCUUCAUCCACCGAAGAAGAAUUUAUUAGCAACACUGAAAAGGCACUGGGUCUUUUGUUCUGGAUCGGUACUCGUGCUCAACAAGUAUUCCCUACCACUACUUUGAACCCUGCUGUUCUUGAAGACUCCAUUGGCAACAACGAAGGUAACCCUACUCCCAUGUUGGCCAUUACUGGUCUUAGAGAAGUUCAAGUUUUGAAGCAUCUUGAAGAAACCAACUCUCACCUUGCUUCCGAUCGUAAGAUUGAAAUUACUCUGCACAAUGGUCCUCGUUCCUUUGUUUGCACUGGUCCUCCUCAAUCUUUGUAUGGUUUGAACCUUAGUUUGCGUAAACUUAAGGCUCCUACUGGUCUUGACCAAUCCCGUAUUCCUUUCUCUCAACGUAAGAUCAAGUUCUCUUCUCGUUUCUUGCCUAUCACUGCUCCCUUCCACAGUUUCUACUUAAAGGCUGCCACUCCUAUCAUCUUAGAAGAUGCUGCUAAGCAUGGUCUUGCCUUUACCACUAAGGAUCUUAAGGUUGCUGUUUAUGCUACAGACUCAGGCAAAGAUCUUCGUGAAGCAGACGACCUCACCAAGUCAUUGUUGGAACUUAUUUGUGAAAGACAUGUUCAUUGGGAAAAAUCCAUUGUUGGUAAGGAUUUGACCCACAUUAUUGAUUUUGGACCUGGUGGUGCCUCAGGUAUCGGUGGUUUGACCUACCGUAAUAAGGAAGGUACCGGUGUACAAAUUGUUUUAGCCGGUUCUCUUGAAGGCAGUAACCGUGACCUUUCUUACAAGGCUGAUCUUUUUGACGCUGAUAUUCGUGCUGUUACUUACUCUCAAGAUUGGGCCAAGGUUUUCCAACCCAAAUUGGUUCAAACCACUAGUAAUGGUCGUGUUCAUGUUGAUACCAAGAUGUCUCGUUUGUUGGGUAAGCCCCCACUUAUGGUUGCUGGUAUGACACCUGCUACUGUCAAUGAGAACUUUGUUGCCGCUGUUAUGAAUGCAGGUUACCAUAUUGAACUUGCUGGUGGUGGUCACUUCAAUGAACAUCUUCUCCGUGAAAAGGUUGACAAGAUUAUGAAGCUCACCCGUGCUGGUGAAGGUAUCUCUCUCAACAUCAUUUUCUUGAACGUUCGUCAAUGGGGCUUCCAAUACCCUCUUAUUCAAGUUAUGCGUAAGGAAGGUUUGCCUAUGGAAGGUCUUUGUGUCGCUGCUGGUGUUCCCAGUCUUGAAUUAGCCAAUGAGAUUAUCGCCAACUUACAAGCUGCUGGUCUCCGUCAUGUUGCUUUCAAGCCCGGAAGUGUUGACACUAUUCGUCAAGUAGUUGCUAUCGCUGCUGCUAACCCCACCAUGCCUAUCAUCAUGCAAUGGACUGGUGGUCGUGCUGGUGGUCACCACGGUUUUGAAGAUGUUCAUCAACCUAUCCUUGAAACUUAUGCUGCUAUCCGUCGCCAAUCUAACAUUGUCCUUGUUGCUGGUUCUGGUUUCGGUGGUGCUGAUGACACCUUGCCUUACAUCACUGGUGAUUGGUCUCUUAAGUUCGACUAUCCUCCCAUGCCUUUUGAUGGUAUCCUCUUUGGUUCUCGUAUGAUGGUUGCCAAGGAAGGUUUGGCUUCUCCUGCUGCCAAGCAAGCUAUGGUCGAUGCUCCUGGUGUAGAUGAUGGUGAUUGGGAAAAGACCUACAAGGGUCCCGCUGGUGGUAUCAUCACUGUUCUUUCUGAACUUGGUGAACCUAUUCACAAAGUUGCCACUCGUGGUGUCCGUUUUUGGAAGGAAUUGGAUGAAGGCAUUUUCAGUUUGCCCAAGGAAAAGCGUUUGCCUGCUUUGUUGGCUAAGAAGGACUACAUUAUCAAGCGCUUGAAUGCUGAUUUCCAAAAGGUCUGGUUCGGUCAAAAGAAGACUGGCGAAGCUGUUGAUCUUCAAGAUAUGACUUACACUGAAGUUGUUCACCGUUUGAUUACUUUGCUUUACGUCAAGCAUGAAGCUCGUUGGAUUGAUACAACCCUCCGUGACUUGGUUGGUGAUUUCUUACGUCGUGUUGAAGAACGUUUCACUAAGAAGUCUGGUCCUUCUAUGCUUCAAAACUACACUCAAUUGGAAACUCCUCUUCCUUUUGCUGAUGAAUUCUUGGCUCAAUUCCCUGAAGCUGAAAGCCAACUCUUGACUUCUGAAGAUGUUCUUCACUUCAUCGCUCUUUGUAAGCGUCCUUUUCAAAAGCCCGUUCCUUUCAUUCCUGUUAUGGAUAAGGAAUUCGAUAUUUGGUUUAAGAAAGAUUCUCUCUGGCAAUCUGAAGACCUUGGUGCCGUUGUUGAUCAAGAUGUCCAACGUACUUGUAUUCUUCACGGUCCUGUCGCUGCCAAGUACGCCACUCGUGUCGACCAACCUGUUGGUGAGAUCCUUGGUGACAUUUACGAAAGCCACAUUGAAAGCUUGAAGGAGCGUUACUAUAAGGAUGCUGCUAUUCCUCAAAUUGAAUACCUUGGUGGUGUUGCUAUUGAAAAGACUGUUCUUCAAGAAGCUUCUUCCACUGCUACUGAAAAGGUAUAUGAAGUUGGUACUCAAGUUCCUACUGAAGAUGAAUGGCUUCAAACUAUUUCUGGUCCUGAAUACAGCUGGCUUCGUGCUCUCUUGACCUCUCCUUUCAUUGUUCAAGGAAAGCGUUUCAUUGAUAACCCUGCUAAGCGCAUCUUCCGUCCUCGUGCUGGUCAAAAGGUUGUUGUUUCUUUCAACAAUGGUCAAAUUACUGCUGUUAAGGUCCAAGACAAGCGUACAUGGAGUGCUACUGAUAAGACUACUGACUAUGUCUCUUCUGUUGAAGCCUCCAUUUCUGGCAAGUCUAUUGAUGUCAAGCUCUUCGAAAAGAGAGGCAGUGACUUCAUUCCUUUGAACUUGCAAUUCGAGUACAAGCCUGAACUUGGUUACGCUCCUGUCCAUGAAGUCAUGGAAGGUCGUAACGAUCGUAUUAAGGACUUCUACUACAAGCUUUGGUUUGGUAUUGAUAAUACUGAUGAUUUCUUGAACGUCUCUGUCAAUGAGAAGCUCAUCGGUAAGGAUGAGACCGUCAAGUCCGAAGAAAUCAAGGAGUUCUGUCAAGCUGUCGGCAACCAAGCUGAAGUCUUUGUUGAUCGUGGUCAAAAGGUUGUCUAUGCUCCUAUGGAUUUCGCCAUUGUUGUUGGUUGGAAGGCUAUUAUGAAGGCCAUCUUCCCUAAGGUCAUUGAUGGUGAUCUCUUGAGACUUGUUCACUUGGGUAACGGCUACCGUCUCUUGGAAGGUUCUGAACUUCUUAAGGUUGGCGAUGUUGUUGAUACUUUUGCCCACAUCAACGCCGUCAUUAACACUGAUUCUGGUAAGAUGAUCGAAGUCAAGGGUGUCAUUGUUCGUGAAGAAAAGCCUGUUCUUGAAGUGACUAGUCAAUUCCUAUACCGUGGUAACUUCGAAGACUUUGAACACACCUUUGAACGCAAGACCGAAACUCCCAUGGAAUUCAAGGUCAAGGAUACUAAGGACAUUGCCGUCCUUAAGUCAAAGGAAUGGAUGCAAUGGACUGAAGCUUUGGAAACUCACGAAGUUACUCCUGGUUCCUCUUUGAUCUUCCGUUUAAACACUGAACUCAAAUACAAGAACAAGAAAGUCUUUGCUAGUGUUAAGACUACUGGUACUGUUGUCAUGCAACUUUCUACCAAGGAAUUUGUUGAAAUUGCCAAGGUUGAAUAUGAGUCUGGCGAAAGCCACGGUAACCCUGUCAUUGAAUACUUGAAGCGUAACGCUCAAGAAAUUGAACAAGCUCAUUUCUUUGAAAACGGUGGUUACUCUGUCAUGCCUAGUCAAUCUACCUACUCUUCAGUUGUUCAUGCUCCUGCUUCCAACGAGCCUUAUGCCAAUGUUUCAGGUGAUUUCAACCCUAUUCACGUCAACCCUUACUUUGCUGAUUUGGCUUUGUUGCCUGGUACUAUCACUCAUGGUAUGUGGACCAGUGCUUCUACUCGUAAGUUCGUUGAAAUCUUCGCUGCCGAUAACGUUCCUCGUCGUGUCAUUGCUUACGAUGUCAAGUUCGUUGGUAUGGUCUUGCCUUCUGAUAGACUUGAAACCAAGCUUUAUCACACUGGCAUGAAGAAUGGUCGUAAGAUCAUUAAGGUUGAAACCAUUAACCAAAAUAACGAAAAAGUCGUUGAAGGCACUGCUGAAGUCGAACAACCUGUCACUGCCUAUGUCUUCACUGGUCAAGGUUCUCAAGAACAAGGUAUGGGUAUGGCUUUGUAUGACAGCUCUUCUGUUGCCAAGGCUAUUUGGGACGAAGCUGAUAAGCACUUCAUGGAAAACUAUGGUUUCUCUAUCAUUGAGAUUGUCCGUAGCAACCCCAAGGAAAAGGUUGUCCAUUUUGGUGGUCCUCGUGGUAACAAGAUUCGUCAAAACUACAUGAGCAUGACCUACGAUGUUGUUGAAGCUGAUGGUACUACCAAAACUUUGCCUUUGUUCCCCAGUAUUACUGAACGUACUGCCUUUUACACUUUCCGUUCUCCUACUGGUCUCUUGUUUGCCACUCAAUUCACUCAACCUGCUUUGACCUUGAUGGAAAAGGCUGCCUUUGAAGACAUGCGUGCUAAGGAAUUGAUCCAAAGCAACUGUGCUUUCGCUGGUCACUCUCUUGGUGAAUACGCUGCUUUGGCCUCUGUUGGUGAUGUCUUGCCUUUAACCUCUCUCGUUGAUGUUGUCUUCUACCGUGGUAUGACUAUGCAAUCUGCUGUCAAGCGUGAUGAAGAAGGUCGUUCCAACUAUGGUAUGGCCGCUGUCAACCCUGCCCGUGUUUCCAAGACUUUUAAUGAUACUGCUCUCCGUUACGUUGUUGAUGCUAUUGCUCGCCGUGGUGGUGACGUUUUGGAAAUCGUCAACUUCAACGUUGAAAACUGGCAAUAUGUUGCUGCUGGUGCUAUUCAAAACCUUGAUGCUCUUACCAACGUUUUGAACUACAUCAAGACUGCCAACAUUGAUCUUCAAAAGUUGAUGGAAACUAUGUCUCUUGAAGAUGUUAAGAAGCACUUGUAUGAAAUCAUUGAUGGUGCUUUUGAAAAGACCAAGGCUAAGCAAGCAAAGGGUCGUAUCGUCCUUGAACGUGGUCAUGCUACUGUACCUCUUCCUGGUAUUGAUGUUCCUUUCCACUCUUCUUUCUUGCUCAGUGGUGUCACUCCUUUCCGUACUUUCUUGGCUAAGAAGUUUGACCCCUCUGAUAUCAAUGUUGCUCAAUUGACUGCCAAGUACAUUCCUAACUUGACUGCCAAGCCUUUCAGCACUGACAAGAGCUACAUUGAAGAUGUUCACAAGUUGACUUCUAGUCCUCGUUUGGCUAAGGUCUUGAAGAACUGGUCUGACGACAAGUACGUUACUCCUGCUCAACAACAACGUCUUGGUUACAUUCUCUUGAUUGAACUUUUGGCUUACCAAUUCGCUUCUCCUGUUCGUUGGAUUGAAACUCAAGAUCAAUUGUUUAAGAAUUACCAAAUUGAACGUCUCAUUGAAGUUGGUCCUUCUCCUACUCUUAGUGGUAUGGCUGUUCGUACUUUGAAUCUCAAGUACCAAGCUUACGAUAACGCUUUGAGUAACCGUCGUCAAAACUUGUCUAUUUCCAAAGAUGCUAAGGAAAUUUACUACGAGUUUGAAAACAUCGAAGAAGAAGCCGCUCCAGCUACUGAUGCUGCACCUACUGCUACCCCUGCUGCUACUCCUGCUGCUACUCCUGCUGCUGCGGCACCUGUUGCUGCCGCUCCUUCCCCUGCCGCUGCUGGUCCCGCCGCUGCUGUCAGUGAUGUUCCUGUUACUGCCACCGAAAUUCUUCACGCUGUCAUUGCUCAAAAGUUAAAGAAGAGUAUUGAUGAAGUUCCCUUAUCUAAGGCUAUUAAGGACUUAGUUGGUGGCAAAUCUACCCUUCAAAACGAAAUUCUUGGUGACUUGCAAAAGGAAUUCAGUAAUGCUGUUCCUGAAAAGUCUGAAGAAACUCCUUUGGAUGAACUUGGUAGCGCUUUGAACGGCAGUUUCCCUGGUACUCUUGGUAAGCACUCUAGUUCUUUGGUUGCUAAGAUGAUUGGUGCUAAGAUGCCUGGUGGUUUUACCUUGAACAAUGCUAAGACCUAUCUCUCUACCUCUUAUGGUUUGGGUCCUGGUCGCAUUGAUGGUGCUCUCUUAAUUGCUAUCACUAUGGAACCUCCUGCUCGUUUUGGUUCUGAACCUGAAGCUAAGGCUUGGUUGGACUCUGUUGCUCAAGCUUAUGCUAAAAGAGCUGGUAUUACUUUGUCUGCCCCUGGCUCUGGUGCUGCUGCUGGUGGUGCUGGUGGCGCCGCUGUUGCUGUCAUCAACAGUGAAGAAUUUGAUGCUUUGAAGGCUAAGCAAGAUGCUUUGAUUUACCAACAAUUGAACUUGUAUGCCAAGUACCUUCAAAAGGACUUGCGUGAUGGCCACAAGAAGUAUGAACAAGAAAAGACCACCACUGCUAAGUUGCAAGCGGAAUUAGACUUGUGGCUCGCUGAACAUGGUGAUGUUUAUGCUGAAGGUAUCAAGCCUACCUUCACUCCUCUUAAGGCUCGUCGUUAUGACUCUUACUGGAACUGGUCUCGUCAAGAAGCUCUUGAAAUGUGGUAUGAUAUCAUCUUUGGUAAGCUUGCUAUCGUUGAUCGUGAAGUUACAGCCAAGUGCUUGCGUAUCAUGAACCGUGCUUAUCCUCAAUUGAUCGACUACAUGCGUUACAAUGUUGAAAACUGUAACGGUGAUAAGGGUGAAACUUACCGUCUUGCUAAGGAGUUUGGUGAAGCUUUGAUUGAAAACUGUGUUGAUGUUCUCGCUGAAAGCCCUGUCUAUAAAGAUGUUGGUUUCCCCACUGGCCCCAAGACUUCUGUUUCUGAGAAGGGUGACAUUGGCUAUGCUGAAGUUCCUCGUCCUGGCUGUCGUAAGUUGUCUGACUAUGUCAAGGAUAUGACUGCUGGUUCUAAGGUCUCUGAGUACUCUAACCGUCUCAAGGUUCAACAAGAUCUCGGUCGUAUUUACAAGAUCAUCCGUAGCGAAAACAAGUUGAAGAAGAGUACCAAGUUGGCUAUCAAAGAUCUUUACGCUGAUGUCUUACGUGCUAUGUCCAUGUCUAGCUCCAUCGUCAAGGAAGAAAGAUCUCGUCAACGCCGUGCUUCUAAUGUCAAUAGACCUGAACGUAAGCGUCUUUCUGACAAGGCUGCUAAGACUGAAACUAUUCCCUUCUUGCAUCUUAAGAAGAAGAACCCUAGCGAAUCUUCUGGUUGGGAAUUUAGCAGCAAGUUGACAUCCUCUUACCUCAAUGUCUUAACUGAGAUUGCUGAAAAGGGUAUCACUUUUGCUGACAAGUGUGUCCUCUUGACUGGUGCUGGUAGAGACUCUAUUGGUUCUGAAAUUAUGAAGGGUCUUAUUUCUGGUGGUGCUAAGGUUGUUGUUACUACUUCUCGUUACAGCCGUGAAGUUACUCAAUACUUCCAAUCCAUCUAUGAAAGCUAUGGUUCUAAGGGUUCUGAACUUGUUGUUGUUCCCUUCAACCAAGGUGCUAAGCAAGAUGUUGACGCUUUAGUCGAUUACAUCUACGAUCCUAAGGGCCUCAACUGGGAUCUUGAUUUCAUCAUUCCUUUCGCUGCUAUCCCCGAAAACGGUCGUGAAAUUGAUGCUAUUGAUUCCAAGUCUGAACUUGCUCACCGUAUCAUGUUAACCAACCUUCUUCGUAUGUUGGGUAAUGUCAAGACUCACAAGCAAAAGAUUGGCUCUGAUACUCGUCCUGCUCAAGUCAUUUUGCCUUUGUCUCCUAACCAUGGUACUUUCGGUGCUGAUGGUCUCUAUGGUGAAUCUAAGAUUUCCUUAGAAACUCUCUUCAACAGAUGGUACUCUGAAAGCUGGUCUAGCUACUUGCUUAUUGCUGGUGCUGUCAUUGGUUGGACUCGUGGUACUGGUUUAAUGAGUGCUAACAACAUGGUUGCUGAAGGUAUUGAAGCCCUUGGUGUCAGAACUUUCUCUACUGUUGAAAUGUCAUUCAACAUCCUUGGUCUUAUGCACCCCUCCAUUGUUGAACUCUGUCAAAACGAACCUGUUUGGGCUGAUCUUAACGGUGGUCUUCACUUCAUUACCAACUUGAAUGAAAUCAGUGCCAAUUUGCGUAAGGAAAUCCGUGAAACUGCUGAAAUCCGUAGGGCUAUUGAUGCUGAAAACGCUCUUGAUUUCAAGACUGUCUUUGGUGAAGAAGCUGAACGCAAACACAAACCUCACAACAUCACUCCUCGUGCCAACAUGAAGUUCGACUUCCCUACUCUCAAGCCUUAUGAUGCUCUUAAUCAUCUCGGUUAUCUUAAGGGUAUGCUUGACCUUGAUCAAGUGAUUGUUGUUGCUGGUUUCGGUGAAGUGUCUCCUUGGGGUAAUGCUAGAACUCGUUGGGAAAUGGAAGCUCAUGGUGAAUUCUCUCUUGAGGGUUGCAUUGAAAUGGCCUGGAUCAUGGGCUACAUCAAGCACCACAAUGGUAACUUGAAGAAUGGCAAAUUCUACUCUGGCUGGUUGGAUGCUAAAUCUGGCGAACCUGUUGAAGAAAAGGAUAUUAAGUCUAAGUAUGAAAAGCAAAUCCUUGAACACUCUGGUAUCCGUUUGAUUGAUCCUACUGUUAUGGAUGGCUACAACCCUGAAAAGAAGAUGCUUAUGCAAGAAAUUGUUGUUGAUCAUGAUCUUGAACCUUUCGAAUGUUCCAAGGAAGAAGCUGACCACUUCAAGCUUCAACAAGAAGAUAAGGCUGAUGUCUACGAAAAUGCCAAUGGUGACUGGUGUGUUGUCUUGCGUAAGGGUGCUACUUUGUAUGUUCCUAAGGCUCUUCGCUUUGACCGUCUUGUCGCUGGUCAAAUUCCUACUGGUUGGGAUGCUACUCGUUAUGGUGUUCCUAAGGAUAUCGUUGAUCAAGUCGACCCUGUCACCUUGUUUAACAUUGUCUCUACUGUUGAAGCCUUUGUCUCUGCUGGUAUUACUGACCCUUACGAAUUCUUCAAGUAUGUCCACGUUUCUGAAAUCGGUAACAGUACUGGUUCCGGUGUCGGUGGUCAACUCUCUCAAAGAGGUCUCUUCCGUGAUCGUCUCCUUGAUAAGCCUGUUCAAAAGGAUAUCUUGCAAGAAUCUUUCAUUAACACCAUGCCUGCUUGGAUCAACAUGUUGCUUCUCUCAUCAUCUGGUCCUAUCAAGACUCCUGUCAACGCUUGUGCUACUUCUGCUGUUUCUAUCGAAUUGGCUUGUGAAUCUCUCUUGACCGGUAAAGCCAAGAUCAUGAUUGCUGGUGCUACUGAAGAUAUUACUGAAGAAUCCAGUUACGAAUUCGCUAACAUGAAGGCUACUUCUAACGCUGUUGAUGAAUUUGCUCAUGGUCGUACUCCUUCUGAAAUGUCUCGUCCUGCUACUACAUCCAGAAAUGGUUUUAUGGAAGCUCACGGUUCUGCUAACCACAUCCUUAUGUCUGCUGCUACUGCCAUUGAAAUUGGUUCUCCUAUCUAUGGUAUCAUUGCUCUCAGCAGCACUGCCACUGACAAGGAAGGUCGUUCCGUCCCUGCUCCUGGUGCUGGUAUCCUGACCACUGCUCGUGAAGGUUCUGGCAAGAGAGCUUCUCCCUUGUUGAACUUCAACUACCGUGCUAGACAAAUCAAGGCUCGCCGUGCUCAAAUCAAGGCUUGGGUUGAAAGUGAAUAUGAACUCUUGCGUGAAGAAUUGGAUGAACUCAAGGCUUCUGGUGAGCUUGCUCCUGAAGAAGAACAAUCUUGGAUUGAAGAACGUACUACUUUCAUCCACAGUGAAGCUAAGCGUCAAGAAAAGGAAUGCUUGUCUACAUUCAAUCAUCAAUUCUUCAAGAAUGAUUCUAGCAUUGCUCCUAUUCGUGGUGCCCUUGCUGUCUAUGGUUUGACCAUUGAUGAUAUCAAUGUUGCUUCCUUCCACGGUACCUCUACUAAGGCUAACGAUAAGAAUGAAUCUCGUGUCCUCAACUCUCAAUUGAAGCAUCUCGGUCGUUCUAAGGGUAAUGCUCUUUUGGCCAUUACUCAAAAGUAUUUGACUGGUCAUCCUAAGGGCCCUGCCGCUUCUUGGAUGGCAAAUGGUAUGAUGCAAUGUUUGCUUAGUGGUCUCAUCCCCGGUAACCGCAAUGCUGAUAAUAUUGAUAUUGUCAUGAAGGACUUUGAAUACAUUGUCUAUCCCUCUCGCUCUAUUCAAACUGAUGGCUUGAAGGCUGGUCUCCUCAAGUCCUUCGGUUUCGGUCAAGCUGGUGGUGAAAUUUUGAUUAUUCAUCCUGACUAUGUCUUUGGUGCUUUGGAAGAAUCUCAAUACAAUGCUUACAAGGCCAAGAACGCUCAACGUUAUGCCAAGACUUAUCGUUACCUUCAUGACUCCAUUACUGGUGUUGCUGACUUUGUUCAAGUCAAGAAUGAAGCUCCUUACUCUGACGACCUUGAAUUUACCGUUUAUCUUAACCCCAGUGCUCGUGUUGAAUACUCAAAGGAAAAGAAGUCUUACCACUUUACUAACAAGUCUGCUAACCUCGCUGCCCCCACAGCUGGUGAUGCUGAAGUGACCAAAAGCAUUCUUGCUUCUCUGACUGAACAACAAGCUGGCAAGAGAGGUGUUGGAGUUGAUGUUGAAUUGACUAAUGCUGUUAACAUUGAAAGUGCUACCUUCCUUGAACGCAACUUUACUGCUGCCGAAAUUGAAUACUGUCAAGCCCGCCCCGAUCCCCAGGCUAGCUUCACAGGUCGUUGGUCAGCUAAAGAAGCCGUCUUCAAAGCCAUCUCUUCUUAUGGUAAGAUUCCCUCUGACGGUGCCGCUGCUCCUUUGAAGGAAAUUGAAAUUAAGAGUAACGAAGUUGGUGCUCCUGAAGUUGUUUUGACCGGUAAAGCUUUAAGCGCUGCUUCUGCUGCUGGUGUCAAGAACGUAAAUGUCUCAAUUAGUCACAGUGGUGCUUACAGUGUUGCUGUUGCAUUAGCUCAGUAA